AUGGCUAGAGGCAGAACCGUGAUUCUGACGGUCCGGCAGUGGUUCGCGUGGACGUCAUGGCCAGGGGCGAUCCCCUCGUCCUUCGUCAGGUACGUCUGGGGCUUCGUCAUCUGCGUCAGCGGACCAGUACUGCCGCCAUCGCAUCCUUCUUCAGGUACGUCUAGGCUUCAUCCUCUGCUCAGCGUCCAGUACUGCCGCCAUUCACAGCCUUCUACUCCUUCCUCUUCUGGCUCCCUUCCUCUUUUGCUCCUUUCCUCUUCUGGACCAGUACAGACUCCACCAGCUGCGCACAAGUCACCUACUGUGUGCAUAUAUCCAUCUUCUCGAGCAGCGAGGCAAAUUUUUGAAGAUAUCAAGCUACAAGCUGCAUUAAAGAAGGAUACACAUGGAUGCCGUUACGCACAAGAGGCGAGAGACUUUUAUUGGGGAGGAGUUUCCAGAAACAUUAUAUGGGAUGAGGCGCCCAUUACGGCUAUGCUGAAAGUAGCCUGGGAGAAGAUAUGCGCCGAUCGAUACGCUGACUUCACCUAUAGGAUGAGAAGAAGCGGUAAGAAACAACGGUGCGUGUCUCAGGAGAUAUGGGAGAGCUGGCAAAAGGCUUGGGAGGAUCCUGCAUUCAAGAGAAAGCGGGAGAUGUUUGCACAAAACAGGCGCAGUGAGACUGGCGGGGAUGGAGCAGGACCUUCGCGACACACAGGCGGAUCUAUAUCUGCUAUAGAGACAGCUCGAUUAUUAGCUAAAGAAUUAGGUCGUGAGCCCACACCGAUCCGAUGGGAGCUCACGCUUCUACAGCCGGAGCACAGUGACUCGUACUGUGAUGAUGAUAUACGGGCUCAGCUUGCUGAUCAGCAGAGACAGAUUGCAGAGCUUAGAGCGCAUGUGAUACGGCUGUCCGGUGAGCACCGUGCUGGUACUUCUCCCUCUGAUCCUACGCCUGCUACAGACCGACAUGUUUCGACGUCUCAGCAGCAGCCACUAUCGGCUCCUGAUCCCGAUGCUGCAGACGAUACCUUGGUCCCUGGCGCUACAUCACAUCCAGCGGGUACUCCUACCCGCGAUCCGACAUCGGAGGAUCCGACAUCGGAUUCCUGCAGAUGA